AUGUCCCCCGGCUACCCCUCAGAGAGCUCCUCGGCGACGCGGCUGUCGUCUUCCUCGCCGCCGGCGAGCCUGCGCGCGCUCGAGCUCGAGCAGGGCCCCGCGACCGGCUCUCCGCUCGCCCUCCGCCGAACGGCGACGUUACAGUCCAUCUCCGGCUUUGAGUUCGAGCACGCCCUCCUCCCGCUCAGCUUGAGCGGCGAUGAGCCGCAACACGAUGGCGAGCACAAGCAUGUCGGUCUCCUUCAUGCGAGUGUCGGCAGUGUUGGCGCGAGUCUUUUGGUAUGGCUAGUGUCCGGCGCGCUGGCAUGGACGGGCGCCAGUUCAUUCGCCGAGCUUGGCUGUGCGAUACCCCUGUCGGGCGGUGCACAGGCGUAUCUUGCGUACUCGUUCGGACCCAUGGCGUCUUACCUAUUCACGUGGAGCGCAGUGUCUGCGCUCAAGCCAGGUUCGGCGGCGAUUAUCGCGCUCAUUUUCGGCGAGUAUGUGAACCGGAUGAUCUGGCAUGCGUUCUGGGCCGACGGAUCGCCUCCCGAAUGGACGUUCAAGGUGACUGCUGUCUUCGCGAUCAUUGCGAUCAGCGGUCUGAACUUGAUUUCACCAUCUUCGGGAACCCACUCUCAGGUUGUGUUCACGGCAGUCAAGAUCGGCGCUCUGCUCUUCGUCGCCAUCCUUGGCCUACUGCAACUCGUCCGCAACGGCCCGGGACCCGCGUUUCAGGGCGAUGUGUUCGCGGGUUCCUCGAGUUCGCUUUCUAGCUACGCAAUCGCGCUCUACUCUGGUCUCUGGGCGUUCGACGGCUGGGACCAGUGCUCCUUCGUUGCUGGCGAGAUGACGAAUCCGACACGAGACCUUCCUCUCGGUCUGCACCUCAGCAUGACGAUUGUUGUAUCGCUCUUUCUCGCUGCGAACGUCGCGUACUUCAUUGCGCUCGACCCUGGCGUCGUGGCCGCGAGCAAUACCGUUGCUCUCGACUUCGGACGCGCCACAAUCGGCCCCAUCGGCGCCGCCGUCUUCUCGGCCCUCGUCGCCAUCUCGUGCUUCGGCGCCUUGAACGGGAGCUUCUACACAACCGCUCGCCUCAUCUUCGCAGCCGGAAGGGACCACUUCCUCCCGUCGGUAUUCUCGCGCGUCGACCCGAAACGCAAGACGCCCGACAACGCGCUCUUCCUGAACGCAGGACUGACAGUGCUGUACGUUGUCUUUGGCGGCGGCUUCCGGACACUUCUCAACUUCUUCUCUGUUACGAGCUGGACAUGGUACCUGACCACGGUCAUUGGACUGCUCUACCUGCGCGUGAAGGAGCCGCACCUCGAGCGGCCGUACAAGACGUGGAUCACGACACCGAUCACCUUCUGCAUUGUUGCAAUGUUCCUGCUCCUGAUGCCGAUAUUCGCCGCGCCAUGGGAAGCGCUGGCCGCGUUCCUGUUCAUGGGCGUCGGCGUGCCGAUGUACUAUUUGACGGCGCACUCGCGCGCGGCCAAGGUCGGGUCGGCGUACGUUGAUCCCGGGGCCGUCGCAGGCGGCACUUCGGGCUUCAAGGCGACCGCGAGAACGGCUUGGACGACGUUCGUCGAGGACGUCAGCGGCAUUAUGCCAGCGCGAUUGCGGACACUGCUCCGGCUUCGGCCAGCACACCAGGCGUACUCGGAGGUGCAGUAUGGUAUGCUCGAGGACCACGAGAUGUCCGAGCGCGAUAGGCGGUAG